AUGGAUAUUGGAUUUGUCAACAGAAUUUUCAAUAUAACAAAUGCAAUGCAUGCUACCAUUGAGGUAUGGAAUAAUUCUACAAUGUCAAAAAAGAUACAACUACAAAAUCAGCAAUUAGAAUAA